AUGAAUUAGUAGUUUGCUCAAAAUAAUCUUGAAACACUUGAAGAAACCUACACAGGGUUUAAAAUGAGGUACUCUUGUGAAGAAUAUGACGAAUUUUCUUGCAUAAGAAUUAAUAAUGAAUUAGAGUAUUGCGCUCGUAAAUAUAAAUUGGGAACCAUAAAUAACCCUAGAUUUCAGGCUUUGAGAAGAAUUAAACUUUACAAUAUCUUGCCUGUGUUUGACAUCUAUUUCGACUCAUAAACAAUUGUGGCAUAAGAUGUAGAAAGAUUUUCUUUGGAGAAUAAUAUUAAUGACUUGAAUGAAGAGCAAAAAAUGUAUCUUGCUGCCAUAGUCAGCAUUACAUUGCAGGAAUUAGCAUAUAGAGGAUUUCCAUUUAUAGUAUAGGAGAGAAGUGUUAUAAUAUUGGAAAACCAUAUAUGUCUAUCCUUAUAGGACUUUUGCUUUGAUAGAGAAGUAAGCGAAUAGGAAAGUUUUGAUAGUUAUAAAAAAUUGAUGAUUAAAUUAUUUGGGGAUUUCCUUGAAAUAAACUUCGAGAACUCAACUAAUUAUUUCCUAUAACUAAACCAAGUAUAUCUCGGCCCAAGUGAAAAUAUGCCUUAUGUUGAGUUGUUGGAUAGGAUAUUCGAAUUCACAAAUGUUGACACUCUUGCUUCAGCAGCAUCAAAUUCAUAUGUCUACGAAUUUGAUACUCCAGAAUUUAUGAAAACAAUUCCCAAUAUCAGUUAGCGAACAGUUCUUAAAUCAGUAAAAUUGGAUUUAAAUGACACUAAUUCAGAAUACAUUUUGACCUCUUCUUAAAGAGAAUUAGAAAUAAUGGAAAAUUUCAAAAAGUAUGAGCCCUUAGUCGCUUGUUAUGCGUAUUUUAGAAUUCAAAAAUAACUUUAUAUCUUUAUGGAAAGAUAUCCUUAAGUGCUUUCUAAUAUGCUUGAUUACAUUGAUGAAGAGAGACAUUGCAUUCAAAUAUGUUGGUAACUAGUAGUGGCUCUUAAAUACCUCCAUUAACAUUAAAUAAUUCAUAGAGAUCUGAAACCAGGAAAUUUAUUUCUAUCCCAUGAGAAUUUGGAAAGAGCAAGACUUUUAAUAGCAGACUUUGAUAGAUCUAGAUUAUCAUAAUGGUUGACGCAAUCAAUCACUUAAUAGAAAGAUACGGAAAACAAACAAGAUUAAAUCAGUAAAUUAAAUGAACUUACACCAAAAUCAGUAUUGGGAGCUACUCCAUCUUAUGAUCCUCCAGAAGCUGGUACCACUGAUUAUGAUUCGAGUGCAGAUAUUUGGCAGGUCGGAAUGAUAAUGUUUUAAAUUGCCAACAAGGGUGAAUACCCAAUAAGAAUGACUACUCAAAAUUUUUCUAAGGAAGAGUACCAAAACAAUUUCACCAAAGAAAAAAUUAAGAAUUAAUUAAGUAAAUACAAUGUUAAUGAAUAAUUUAUCGAGAUAAUUGCUAAGUGUUUGUCUUUUAAUAGAAAAGAUAGACCCACUUCUCACUAAUUAAUCAAUGAAUUAUAAUUAUGUUUUGAAGAGAUUACUCCAGAUGCUGAAGAAACUUUGAUUUCAACUCAUAAUUUAAGUCAAAUUGAAAGAUACAGUUAAUUAAUUUCUUCAACAAGAACUUUAAGAAUGCUUAACUCUUAAGAAUUAUGAUUUCAUAUGCAUUAUUAAAUAUAAAUAGAAUACACUAUC